ACUUCACGUAGCUGCUCUCCUGGGUGUCUAUCGGGUAGUGGCGGAGGUGGGAGUCCGGUAUUCAAAGUAGAAGAGAUAAUUGCGUCGCAAAACGAAAUAGAAGCAGAGCAGACCUAAUCUCAGCGUAUGUGGCAGUACUGGCUGCAUUAUAGCUUUUAAACGUUUUUCUAGCUUUUAUUAGUUUUUCGUUCUAUUUUCACUGCUGUUCUGGCUGGUACGAUCGUCCUGGACACUGUGGCCGCCAUCAGCGACCAGGUCAACAAACGUUCAGCUAGAUAAAACAGGAACUAUCUGUAACCAGUCCCAUCGGCCUGUUCCUGGGCGAGUUCGCUGGGCAAAACUGCUUCAUGGGCCCCGUCUAUUAACGAAAGCCGCACGCCUGCAAGUCACAACACAGCUCUAAAAUUCAAACGAUUAUCGUAACUUUUCCGGAGUCGAUCUAACCAACUGCUACGAAAACAGGAGUACUGUAUUAUUGUUGUGCAUUAGAAAUCCUUAACCGCGACUGAGGCAGACUGGAGGUGGAACAAGGCUGCGUCGUACACAUUUGAAAACAGGUGUGUGUGUGUUUGUGUCUGUGACCUGUCAGAUCGAGAAGAUCAGACUUUUAUUCAGGAUGGAGUCGCUUGUGGGACUCGGCCACGGGCCGGGGGCUGUAGGGGUUCUGGCCGUAGCGGUUGCAUCCGUCCUCGCCGGAGUUAUGUUCUUGGUCUUCCGCAUGAGUCCUGGAACCAACUACGAGGAAGUGUUUCGAAAACAGCGUGAACAACUAAUGGCCAUGGAUGAGCCGAAACAAAAAAGGAAAGACAAACCAACUAAGCGAAACAAGGAUAAAGCCAAGGAGAAAAAGGACCGAUCGGCAACGCCGACUCAGGCAAGUGCCACGGCCUCUCCGACGGCCACUUCGACGGGUUCGGAGACCGCAAUCGAAGAUAAGAUCGACAGCUCCGUCCCAAAUCCUGCGAUAAAUGUUCGCACUCAAACAGCCAAGGACUCUGCGCUGGGCGCAGCUACACCCAGCGGUGUAGCUGGCUUGAAACAGCACCAUUCUCAUCACCAUCAUGAACACGUGGAUUUUGCUGAGAAAGAGGACGUGAAACUCGUCGAGCUUGAUCAGCCACCAAAGGUGGAACCUGGUAAAGUUUUAGCGAGCAAUCGACAGCCCGGUAGACCCAUCCUCGUGCAUUCGGAAGUGUCGAUUUCGGCCGCAGGAGAGACGACGACGUCGAACGAUGUCACAGUCACCAGCAGAGUGCCGUUCGUCAGGUCUAAUUCGUUCAAGGAUCUCAGGCCCAUGGACGAGGUUGAGUUGCAUCACAAGAAGCAGCAGUCACCUGCAAAAAGUUUGUCUUCAAAAGCCUCGAGCAAGGAGGCGAAGGAACAGAAGGACGAGAAACUCAUUAAAGAAGAUAAAGUUCCUCAGACAGUGGCUAGUCCCAAAAAGAAGGAGCAGCAACAACAGACAUCAAAAGAGCAGCAAUUGAGCCAGGGUGCCACUAAAAAGGAAAACGUAGAAAGUGUGUGCGGGUUAUCCGGUGGAACAACUGUAGUCUCGCCCGCUACUGUUAAAAAAUGCUCUCCACAGCACGAGGCUUCUGGCGGACGGAAAGAGCGUAAAGUAUUCUCGAAGAAAGAACUGCGCGAGCUCAUCAACCAAAUCGAGCAAAACGAGCUGCCGCCGGAUAUGGGCGAGGAUACGAUUCAGCACCUCGUGGACGCCUUGUUGAAUCACCAGAACGACUCGAAGGAAUGGCGAAGCACUCGCCAGGAUCCAAUGCAACAACUUAAACGAAAUCUCCAAGAAAAGGAAGACCAGGUUGUACAUUUAAGCGAGCAGCUUAACAAUUCGUUGGCCCGAGGAAAAGAAAUUCAUGCCGAAAUGGCUCACUGGAAAACCAGAUGUAGCCAAACGCAAGGUGCUCUAUUAGCCGCUGAGAACAAAGUCAGGGAAGAAGCGGCCCGUUUUAACGCUGAAACCCAGAGGGCCAUGCGUGUUGAGGAUCAAUUACGAGAAACACAGGGAGCCGUUGAUCAGCUAAGAUCCAGGAUACACAGCCUUGAAGCAAGAAAUAAUGAGCUCCAAGCUACUAUUAAAAGAGAAAAGGAAAUCGCCACAUCGGAGAAAGAAGCUUUGUCGCAGAAUGCCACCGCAGAGAUGGAGCAGACUCGUAAGGAGUUGGAGAAAACCAGGUUAGAACUGGAUCAAACGCGCGCAGAACUUGAGAAGAUUCGUAAAUCGAGCUCCGAUCAGCUUGACGUCGAAAAAAGACAGUUUGAGGGCCGACUGAAACAGACAGAGGCGGAAGUAGCUAAACUUCAGCAGACCCUACGGGACACGCAGACGCAGUUGGACCAAUCGAAAAAAGAGAUUGCUGCCGCUCGGGGCGCUCAGGAGGCGAGCUCGGGCGCUAUGGAUCGUUUGGUCCAGCAGACGACCAAGCUUAAGGACGAACUUGAACAGCUCAGAACUCGCAACAACCAAUUGAAUGAAAAAAACUGGGCCACUGUUGAAGCGAUGAACGAGGUCGAACAGAAGUACCGUGAUUUACACGCCGAACAAAGCAAAGAGAGGAAAUCGCUUUUGGAAGGACUGCCGAAAUCGGCCCAGACUUCCAUAAAAGAUAUAGAUGGUGAAAAUUUUGUUUCUCUAUUCGUAGCUCAACUUACUAUUCUCGCCGAUGAGACAGAUAAGGUCAAGGCUGAAAUCGAGUCGCUACGCCGAAGCCAUGCCACUGUUGAAGCUGAAUUGCAAGAAGUUACUGCCGCCAAGGACGCCGCUGUGGCUGCCGCACGACAGGAAGUACAAGCGCACGUUGCGCUACUAUCGAAAGAGAACUCGGAGGAGCUUGAUUCGCUACGAGAGGAAAGCGUCAGACUGCGCGCCGAAAACGCACAUUAUUCCAGCGUUUUAUCGAAAACCGAAAAGAUUCUUCAGAAUCUUCAAGACUCGGUCGAAGGCGAAGAAAAGCGUUGGGCCGAGGACCGUGCCCGCUUUGAAACAGAACGAUCGGAGAUGAGUGCCGUUGUACGUGAGCUCGAACUGAAACUAAAGGAACUCCAGGAGCAACUAGAGUACGCUGAAGUCGAGAAAAGCAAUGCUCAAAUACAGCUGAACAGUUGCCGUGCAGACCUUGAUAAGGCUAACAAACAACUGGCGGCCGUUGCUGACCGAGCGGCCCAAGAUACGACAGCUAAGUCUGCACAGUCUCCUAGUAUUGCGGCAGUUCAACCUGAAUCGGCGUCACCUGAGUCUGAUAACUCCUCCAUCGGUCAGGUAACCUCGACGUUCGCUGGACACCCAGCGCCAGCCGCGGCAACUUCUAUCCAAACAGCGACAUCAUUUGCGGCUCAGCCAGACGAGGCUGUAGCCCAACAACCGAAUGGCCAAUCGCCACCGCAACGAGAGCAGCCCGCGGUGCAACCAGCACAACAAAACGGCUCAGAGGAUUCGUCUCCGUCACCGACGCAUAGUUGUGGUUCCGGCCAGGCCAAUGGCGGAGGCGCAGGCCACGAUGGGAUCCGACUGAAAUUCUGCUAGAAGAACUCCAAGGACAAGGGAAAAGAAGGACAGCGGCAUCAUGAAGUAUAUCUCCUGAAGUUUUUAGGGCCGAUCCAGACUGCCGUAAGCUCACAUUUGAUAACAGAAACCCGGCAUCAACAGUGGACCGGAAGCGUCGGACUGUUCUAAAGGAUAUCUGUGCUAGCCUAUCUUUAUAGUUGAUGUAUUCCCAUCUUAUUUGCGGCGCCGCGACAUACGCCAAAUGGUUUCCUGAUCUUUACGAAACAGCAUGAAACCAGCUAGGCAGGAUGCGAUGACGCGUAGAAGAUGCGAUAAGACAAUAGAAAUGAAACGGGAAAUUUACAUCAUUAGAAUCUAAACCGAUUGAUAACACCAAUGGUAAUUACAUUACGUAAAUAUCAAUCUACACAGCAGAAGUACGGUUAUGUUUUCAUUUCGACUCACAGAACUGUCCCUAGAGAAUGUAGAUAUAUUUAAAUACUACCAAUGGUUUAUUUGGGUUUUGGCGUCGAUGGUUAUUUUUUUAGCGGAUGAGCUUGGGAACAAGUGACUGCAAGGAAUAUAUACGAAAUAGAAGGCAGUGAAAGGAUUAAGCUUUACUAACAAAGACAUCACAAGAAAAACGUUAGUCAAGGGGAAUAUCGUGUAUCGCUUUUGCCUUGUCUAGCGAGCUACUAUUGUUUGUUUUAGUAAUUAGUAAAGCCGUCGUCAGAUUCGUUCAGCCAAAAGAUCACCAUACGCAUCAUACGUGAGGAUCAAUGUCGCGCGACUCUCACGUCUAGCGAACUUUGGUUUCUUCCUGUAUUGUCGGCAAUGAUAUUGUGGUUUCCUGGAAUUCUUUUCAAAAGGUAUUUCGGUCAGACCAAAAUCCUGUAUUGCAUCAGAUUUUAUCGAUGUUAGCUAAAAUAUUUAAUGUUACUAUUGUGCUACAGAGCACACGGCUGUGCGUUGGAUGUAGGUGAUUCUUAAUAACAGCUUCGACAAUUUGUGAAUCUACCAUAGACAGAUCUACCGCAACAACUAUACACGAUCCGACUGAAAGAUCCUAAUGUAAGUUUAGGUGGUGUUUUAGCUGAAAGUUAAUGAUUAAUGUAUAAUGUCAACGUACUGGGCUGGAAGUCAAAACGUUGACUAGAAGACUGAAAUGCCGGUAUUUAGCAAUUGUAGAGCAAGACCGAAGACGAUCAGUAAAUCCUCGAGCUAAUUUGCACCAGUCACAAUAGGCUGUAUCUUAAAUAGCCUAACACUGUGAAACACUGUAUGAUCUGCACGCGAUAAGUUACUAAACGUCGCCCAGGGACCCAUUAGAGUAAACGUAUUCGAUUAGUCGGAAAAAGGGAAGUCAUCGUUGCUUCUUCAUUCAGACGAGAUAGAGAGCUAGUUAUCAUUUUACCGUAGACCAUGAAUAAUCCAUUAUCAAUCUCGUAAACGUAAAAGUUUGCCCUUCCCUUAGCUGAUCAAGCCAGUUCGAUCACGAUGCUAAAUUUUUUUUUGUGUAAAAUCAUUUUCUAAUAGUUUUCUUGAACACCCCGCGCUAAAAAAAAGACAACUUAGCUUCGACCUUUAACUUAAAGCAGUUAGAUUGCUUCGACAAACAAAUCGAUACAUUAAGUAAAGCUCACUCGCCCCACUUAAUUCCCAAGUAAUUGAAUAACGCUAGAAACAUGACUUUGACUCGUUUUGGCUUAGUGUCGUUUCAUGCAGUCACCGAUGAUACGUAUACGUAUGUUUUUUGGGAACGUUUUCUGUUCUUCAAAGUGCCAUGGACCGCGUUAUUAGUAGCGACUAAUUGGAUCUGAACGGUUCCGUGAGAUUUUAUGCGACGAUAUUUAGGGCUUGUUCGCCGGAAGUUGGCUUGUAUCGCUGCUUACCUUUCGAUCGACUAUAUAUGGACUACAUACGCUCUUUUCUGCAGCCAGCGUUGAUAUGUACCUAGUCAUCAAAGCACCUUCCUGCAGACUGACACCGUAAAGCUUGAUCGUUUUGUGACACUAUUCAGGCGCCUGCAAUGCGGACUGGUUCUCUCGCCGUCUGAGAACUAACCGGUUUACGAGACAUUUAGGUACUUCCUUAAAUUCAAGGUCGUCGCUAGCUGUUGCUGUCAUUCGCAUAUGGGCACAUGCGUCCCGGUCCCUUCUGUUACAUCACUCAACGAAGUCGGCGAAUGAGAAGCAAACAGCGGGAUGCUGUGUCAGGGACUCAUCUACGAUAGACCCGUGAAGGCUACCAAACACAAAAGGACAAGUCGCGUGUCCUGCAGUAUAACUAUGUCUCCGCACUGACGCACCGUUGAGAUCAGUUGUUCUUAGAUUAUAGUCUAUUAAUCGAAGAGCUAAGGAUCAACGAGGUUCGUCUUUUGGUGAUUAAUCGAAGUAAUUUGACAAAAAAUGAACAUGGGUAAUACGCUACUUUGACACUGAAUGAACUGUCCCGUAAACAGUUAGUGAUAAUAUAUAUAGUAUAGACUAUGUGCAUGUAUGUUAAAGUUGUACGUCUAAUUGCUGUUAAUCUAGGUAAAUCUUCGCCUCCUAGCAGUGCGAUUAGAGAAAUCGUCUAUUUUCACUUAGGUGUCUUUACACGUUUUAGAAUGAAUCGCUUCAUUCAUAGCUUGCCGUUUGUAUCUCGGAAGUUUCUUUUUCGAAGAUCUGUAUGUAUAAGAGAUCUGUGUGUUUCUCUACAUAUGUGUCUACGUAGCGAUAGUAUUGUAGUUAUACGGGACUUGUCAUCUUCAUUCGGUGAGUUCGCGCGUGAUGGUGUCGCCUCUCGCGUGCACCGUUCACUCAUAUGCUUUCUUACGAGCGAUCACAGCUCCAAUCCGCGUUUUGCAGCGAGGUUGACCCAUAUCCAUUUCAGCGGCAGCAACGUCUCAAGGUUGUUUUGCAUCUUCCCUUUGCAAUUGCUCAGCCACGAAUAGCAGUGGCCACGACGAAGACUAGACGCCCAUUCAAAAACGAAGACGACGAAAGGCACUACGGUCGCUACGACUAUCGGCCAUAUGGCUUUACCAGGCGACUCACUAUGCCGGACCUUCACAGUUGAGGGAUCCAUCGACAGUCCACCAGUAUUAUUAUUACAGCUAUAGCAACAUAUGUGAGUACACAUACACACGCACAGACUCAUACAGAUUUUAAAGGAGGUUCUGACUCAACGGGCUACGGGCCCGUCCCACGGCCAUAUGGUCGUCAACGGGCGGAUAGCUGGCUAACCUUCCUGCUCGCUGGUGCCGCUUGACGCUCCGAGCUGAGCGCGCGAAGCGCCUCGAACGGUGGAGCAGAGAGCGAUCCACGUUCGGGAACGUAGCUAUUGUACCACUGUGGAACCACAAUACGGUGCUGAGCAUAGUAUGGAGCGCGUGUCGUUGUCUUCCAUUGUUUUCGUUAUUGAUUAACUGAAAAAAACUGUUUCUUACUGAAUUUCAAAAAAAAAUAAAACAGCAUCUAUUUCAUAUGGUUUUAGUGUACUGGAUACUCUGGCUGUGAAUACCUGGUUCUUAAAUACUUUGAGGUUCUGCGUUUAAUACGUGAGAACGGUUAAAAUGGACAAAAUGAAAAUCUGUUGAUACAGGAUUACAAAAAGGCUAUUCUGUGUAAUGAAUCACACUGAAAACAGAAAACUUAUUUUACCAGCUGGAAAGUUGGCUAUCACAUAAGAGAUUUAUCUUUAGAGGGUCUCUUGUGCUACAAACAGACAUUAAAGAAGCACUUCUUUCCUCUUUUCUCUCGAAAAGACAGGUGUGUCACACAUCUUUUAGAAGACGUGUCCUAUUCAAAGGUCUAAUGGCGUUGAUCAGACCAAUCAAGUAUGGCAACCCAGAAGCAGCUAUAUCAAUCGUUUCCGCCGAUAGACAAUCCGCUACCGAUAGUAUUAGUGAAAGAACGUGCCCCUUUUAUUCUCUGUCUUUAUUUAUGUAGCUGUUCAUUCAUUAACGGCAAAAGGCUCGGCGUAAGUGAACACCUUUCUACCUAACAGCUGUCUUGCAACCUGCGGCGUCUUAAAUUCUGCCGUUGUAAAUUUCCAACCUCCUUAAUAUGAUGCUAUAUAUUUCAAGUUCUAUAUUUGUUAACUUUUUUCGUUCUUUUUAAAUGAAGUCCUCUUGAGAACUAUUGCGGCUUUAGUUGCUAUUAAUAAACCUUGGCGUACUGCACGCGAAUCUCUUCAUUUUCCUGUAUCUACUUCCCUCGUCUGUCCUCCUUGUCACCGACCCUUCCUCGGCAGAUCGCUUCUGCUGCCAAUUUUUCUUCGAUAUAGAGACAUCUUCGGCAGAUGAAACCUGCUAUAAAGCUGUACAGACUCCAGGAGGCAAUCAACCUUUAUCGGUGCGUGCUUACUACGACAGCCUGCUGUUCUCUGGCGCCAGAAGACGUCCGGUGUUUUGAAGUCGUCUAUCGAGGAUUUUUGCUACGCAACGGCUGCUGUUUCUGGCGCAACAUACGUGAGCUACUUCGUCCGCUGUCACAGAUGGUGUUUCCACCGGCUAUUGUCGUUUGCUUUCUGAAAAUCAUUCCCAGAAAAAGCCGGAUGGGUUUGGCUAUUGCAUGCGACUUGGGGGUUCUUAGACCUACUGCUGUUGUCUUAUGGCACCGGUGUUCAGUAUCGUGGUCGUGUUCAUACGUAUGCAUAGUAAGCCAUUGCAAAUGAGCUGUUGCCUGCCACCGUAAACAAUACAUACUCCCGGUCUGCCGACAUCCAUGCCGCUGGACGGUUUGGCCUUCACAGCCUGUUCUGGUUAUUAAGGCGCAAUCUGUCCUCAUCGUUCAGUUCGUUGUCGACCGCUUCCUGGCUGGCUAUAUUACUACUACCGGCACAUCUCGAACUGCGCUAACUUUCCUGCUGCGCCAUCACUCUCCAUAAGUUCUACUAGUACUUGUCGAUUUUGUAGUCGGUCCAUUGUCGUCGUCAACAACUCCGCGCUCUUUUGGGUCUGUUCUACGAUAAUACUAUCGGCAAAUUAUAGGAUCCGUCCAGGCUAGAAACUCUGUGUAUUGCCGUUGCACACUGAGUGCGCUACAGUCGUGCCGGUCAUGACAAGGUUCACGAGAGCGUAGCAGAAGCACGGAUCUAGAACGUUUACUAGUUUUGCACUGUGGCUCUGCGCUCUGAUCUAUCUACGAAGUGAAGCCCAAGCGAAGACCCAGGACAAAGAAGAUCAUUUCUCUCCCAUAACAGCGUUUAGCAUAACAUUAGGCUGCUUUUCGCUCUCUAGUGGUUCUUCGAUCGUCUGGUGACUGGAGGCGACCGCGUUCAACGCCACAGUCAACCUGCGUAAGUACAUGCGUAAGUCCAAUUGUGUACAGGCAAGAUCUAAGCAGGCAGAAAUCUAAUAAACCUUCCUUUCUUUUUUGUUGUCCUCCGACUUCUGCACCGUGCGAUGCUUGCUUGCUUGCUGGCUACUCUUGAGCUUUCGGCAGAAGUAUUAAAUCGGCCUGUCGUCUUUAGUUCUACGUCGUCUGGCUCUCCAAGUUUGGUUCGUUUUCGAUCAGCUGAUUGCGCUGGAUGAGUUAAAGCUCUUGGGAAGGGUAGGACAGAAAAAUAGGAUAGUUCUAAGAGGCGAGAAAGAGUGGGGCGCUUCUAAGGGAACGCACUGGUUCGGGGGAACACGGGGGUUGUUUGGUGCGUUUAAGUAGGAUAGUGGCCGUAGGCUACCUAUCUUACUCACAUUUCAAGGGGCUGCACUUGUGGGAACUGCCGUUGACAGUGUGAACUUUCCUAUGGGCAAGAACUGCCUGCUCUAGUCUAGGUAUGGGACGACGCUGGCUGGUUUUUCGGAUAGUUGGGGUGGAUGAGGGAGGUGUGCAAGCUACUUCAUGUGCAAGCAGUAUACCGAUGAAAAUGAAGCGUCGGUGGCCGCAUACGCAGGAUCAGGGAAGCGGCAGCAGGUCUUUAACAAGAAAAGGCUUAUGUGAAGGCUUACAAAAGUUCAAACGUGAGGGGACAGAUUGGAGUCAGUGCAGUCCUUUUGUUCGAUCCUGGAAACAGUGUAUACUGAUGUUCUAAAUGUGAACAACCAAUGCAAGCUUUGACAAAGUUACAAGUUGAAAUGUUGAUCUUCAACAUUUAAGAAUUUGAAUAGCAAAAGUGUUUCCAUGUAUAAAACUGGCCAUAGUUUUGUAAUGAAUUGCUGAAUAACACUUUUAUAUGAGAAGGGUUUUUGUGGAAAACAUAGUCUUUUUUUAAUGAAAAACAAGCGUAAGGGCUAAACAGUCUUCUAUCAACUAGAACUAUUCGCCAGGUUUAGUCGUGUUUCCUUUGCGGGAUUCCGCGAACCUGUGGAUCAGUGUGUUUUGAAAGAUAUCUAGGCGUCGUUGCACAGAAAAGGCUCAAGUCCGUUUUCAAAGUACACACCCCGAACUUUACGCUCGGAGAUCCAUUGAUAUUGCUUCUCUUAUUCGUUGCAUAUAUAAGAACAAAAAACUGUUUUCAUACUUUAGCCUUUGGCAAUACGGUCGUGUUUCCAUGGAAACGGGCUUGAUCCAAUCUUUGAGCUAUUAGUAAUUGUUGAAAUUUUUCUAUAGCUUUGAGAAUCCGCGAAGUAAUCUUGAUGACAUUUGCAACCUAAAUAUAACAAAAGUUAGUUAAACCACAUGAUCUUCUUUUAGGUGGAUCUGAGUCUAUACGAAUACCCUUAGAAAAUAUUUUCCAGAUUACCAGGAUGACAUAUAUAUAGAAAAUUGAUUGAUCAGCACUUUUACACGGAAACGUUCCAUGAUAUGGGGCAUAUAACACAAAAUAGAAUAUCUCAUCAUAUCAACAAUCUUCAAUCUACAACUAGUCAUCAAAAAAUCAUCGUUGGAAUUUACGUUUAGCAAUGAUUACACGCACUCUACAGUAUGUAAUAAUGGAAUUGAUAUUGGAGAACGCGCAUUAACUAUGCUAUGCAAUGGCAAAAAUAGCAGAUAUGCUAUAACGGUAAUAAACAUCAAGUAAAGAAGAAAACAACGGGCCAUUUUAUCUAUAUUAAUUUUGAUUCUUGGUGCGUUAAUGGCAGCGAA